UCGCUGCCUGAAAGACCAGACUCUGGGCUGAACCACCGUGUCCUUCAGAGAGCUAAGAUGGCGGCUGCGGUGAGAAGUCUGGGCUCCAGUCUGGGGAGAAACCUCCGGGAGAUCCGCCUGCACCUCUGCCAGACCUCCGCGGCCAGUAAAGGGGCCAGGGACUUUGUGGAGCAGAACUAUGUGACCCUGAAGAAGUCCAACCCAGAAUUCCCCAUCCUGGUCCGGGAAUGUUCUGGAGUCCAGGCCCGGCUCUGGGCCCGCUACGAUUUCGGUAAAGAGACCAGCGUCUCCGUGGAAAACAUGUCGGCUGAUCAGGUGGGACAAGCUCUGCAGACUCUGGCUCAGUCCAAACCUUAACCCCCCAGAUGGAAGUGGUCUGGUCCAAACCGCCCUCCCUGCUGAAAGUGGUCUGGUCCAAACCCCUCCGUGGUGAAAGUGGUCUGGUCCAGGAUCGACUCUCCUGAAUUCCUUGAGUUUAUUUUUCCUGUAAAUGUGUUGAUGUGAAUAAACCUUAAUAUUCUUGA